AUGCUAAUUGUCAUCGGGGAGGUAGCAUCAGAACACCAGCUCCGGUCUGUCAGGGAACACAUUGAGCAGGGGAUUCGCUCAUGGGAUAUCAACCUGACCUCCUGCGACCUCAGCAAGCAACUCCAGCUCUUUGUGGAGCGGCACUCCGCCCAGUUCUCCUCAGGGGUCCAAGGACAGAGAAUUUUGCAGUACAAAAGUGAAGUCCUUGACACUGUUGUUUUAGUAAAUCCAUUGGAAGAUACAAUUGCCUCAGAGAUUAAAUCAGCGAUCACUGACCCUGCAGCACACAAGCUACUGGUUCUAAGUGGUCAGAGCUCAGACCAGGGCACUGAUCUCAUUCUGCAAAGUGGGGUGUUCACUUUCAAAAACUUCUCAGACAUCUUUGCUGAUCCUGGGGUUAGUCAUCUGUUGAGUAAAGCCACCCCUGACCACCGGGCCACGCUCACGGUAUCCUGCAGAGGGGAGGGUGGCUGGAGCUCCCUGGGGCAGCAACAGCAGGCACACUUUAGGGAGUUCCUGGAUUACAGACUGAACUCUGAACCUGUGCUACCUGAAAUGGAGGGAGUCACCGAAUUCACGGAGUACAUCUCGGAGACAGUGGAUGUCCCAUCACCUUUUGACCUCUUGGAGCCACCAACUUCAGGAGGGUUUCUCAAGCUGUCCAAGCCUUGCUGCUACAUUUUCCCUGGGGGAAGAGGAGACUCUGCACUGUUUGCAGUCAAUGGUUUCAACAUCCUUAUAGAUGGAGGCUCUGAACGUAGAUCGUGUUUCUGGAAGCUUGUCCGGCAUCUGGAUCGGAUUGACUCCAUUUUACUCACUCAUAUUGGAGCAGACAAUCUCCCUGGUAUUAAUGGACUCCUGCAAAGGAAGAUAGCUGAACAAGAUGAGGAGCAAUCACAAGGCUCCACCACCUACAGUGACUGGAUGAAGAAUCUGAUAUCUCCAGAGCUUGGUGUUGUGUUUUUCAAUGUUCCUGAAAAGCUGCGGAUGCCUGAAUCCACCUUAAAAGUCAAACGGAGCAUUGAAGAGGCAUCCCUCACACUGCAGUACCUCAGCAAGCUGGGGAUCAAGCCUGAGCCACUCUUCAGAGUGGUCACCAACACAAUUGAGCCUAUUACACUCUUCCACAAGAUGGGUGUGGGCAGGUUAGACAUGUAUGUUCUGAACCCAUUAAAGGAAAGCAAAGAAAUGCAGUUCCUCAUGCAGAAAUGGGCAGGCAACAGUAAGGCUAAGACUGGAAUUAUGAUGUCUAAUGGAAAAGAAGGAGAAAUAUCUGUUCCCUACCUGACAUCGGUUACAGCUCUAGUGGUGUGGCUUCCAGCUUGCCCUACUGAAAAGAUUGUUCGAGUACUGUUUCCGGGAAAUGCACCCCAGAACAAAAUCUUGGAAGGACUUGAAAAGUUAAAACACCUUGACUUUUUACGGUACCCUGUGGCUACUCAGAAGGAUAUAUCUUCUGGUACUCCCCCUCCAGUGAUAAAACAGACAAAAAUUAAGCAAAGAACUGACAGCAAAGAAAGUCUUAAAUCCUCUCCCAAGACACAUUUAGCAUCUAAAGUUGCCAAAAAAGAGGCAAAUGAGCAUGAGGAUACAUCAGUUGCUGAAACAAAGAGUGAUUCUGCAAAAGAGAACAAGGUUGAAAAGAAAGAAAAGAAACUGAAAGAGAGUGAUAAAGCAAACAAACCCUUGAAAGUGAAGACAGAUGUGUCUGAGACAGCAAAGCAAGAAAAGAAGAAGCUGUCAAAGGAGAAGUCUCUGAAAAAACACACCAAGGAAAGAGUCUCCAAGAUGGAUGAGAAGAAAGACAAAGAAAAGAAGGAGAUCAAAAAGGAGAGAAAUGAAGUAAAAAAAGAUGAUUCAACUAAGAAAGAGGAGAAGAAAGAAACCAAGGUGAAAGAAGACAAAAAAAAGGACACUGCCAAACCAGAGCUGAGAAAGAUCACUCAACCUGACCUGAAACCCUUCACACCAGAGGUCAGAAAAACCUUGAACAAGGCAAAAGUUUAUGGGAAGCCUAAAGCAGAAAAAACAGACAAAAACAAAGCUAAAUCUGCCAAGGAACAAUCAGCUAAACAGCUGCUUACAGCAGGAACGACUGCUAAAAAGACUCAACGAGAGACAAAGGUAGUUGUAGAAGACAGGUCCAUAGUAUCUUCCCCUGAAGACCUCACAAAGGAUUUUGAGGAACUGAGAAGGGAUGAAAUGUCCACACAGGAAGCAAAACUGAAAGAGGAGGCUGGAGAACGGAUUGUUUCCAAAGCAGCCAAAACAGAUGAGGGUAAAAUGACGACAGAUGUGGAAGCUGAUUCCCUGCAUGACAAAAAACAGCUUUCAUCAAAACAGAAGACUGAAUCACAAACCAGAACUGGAGAUAAAUUUGAGGAUGGGGGAGCAGACAUGGAGGAUAAAGAUAGGAAAGAUGAAGAAGAGAGGAUAGGUACUGUCCAGAAGAAGACAUUGGAUGAAGAAGAGGAUAUAGGUAUGGGGGAAAAGGACAGGAAAAACAUUGGGAGGCUGGAUAGAAAGCAUGAGGAGGAGAAAAUGGAGAAAUGUGAAAAAUAUAUUGCAAAGAGUGAAAUGAAAAAGGAGUUCAAAAUGACUGAAUCUGAGGAAGAGGAAGAGGAAGAUGGAUAUGUCAUUGAAAAAGCAGAACUGGAGGAAUCUGAAGAUUUAAAUACAAUUGCCGAACAGUUGAAAAUUAAAACUGAAGAGGGAAACCAAGCAAAACUUGACAGGGAAUGGAAUGCUAAACAUUCUAAAGGGGAGGGAGUUGAAGAUGCAUAUCACUCAAAUGUGGGAGCUAACAUUGCAUCAACUGCACAAGGUGCCACUGCAGCAGAUCCCAUCUCAUAUAUCCAAGAUGAGACCAUUCCUGGUUACUCUGAAACUGAACAGACUAUUUCUGAUGAAGAAAUACAUGAGGAACCUGAAGACAAGAUUCCACAUCUUAGAUAUGAAGUUGGCAGCUAUGAUAUUUCAGUUCCAGAUGAUACUGUCUCUUUUGAUGCCAUCCAUGGUAUGCGAGAGAUGAAAGCAGCAGCUAUGCAUGAUGUGUCAGACUUAACAGCAAAGGGAUAUGUCACAGGGCAGGAUCCUGCAUUAGCUGUCUAUUCCACCAAUAUUAUCACUGCACCAUUGGCAGAAGAAGAACAUGUUUCCUCUGCUACGUCCAUAACUGAAUGUGACAAACUAUCAUCUUUUGCCACCUCUGUUGCUGAAGACCAGUCAAUAGCAUCUGUGACAGCACCUCAAACUGAAGAAACUGGAAGAAGCUCUUUGCUUCUUGACACUAUCAAUAGCAUACCAUCCUCAAUCCGUACUGAGGCCACCCAGGGAAAGGAGUACUUGCAUUCUGCUGGGACUAUCUCACCAACUUCCUCCUUAGAGGAGGAUAAGUGCUUCAAGUCCCCUCCUUCAGAGGAGUACCAACCCAGUGCAGCAGAGGUGGAGGCUGGAGGCAAGAUCACACUAGUCCAUGAGGAAGAAGAUGAAGAGGAUGAAGAAGAUGAAGAUCAGACUCCCAAUGUUGAAAUUCCACUUAGUAAGCUCCAGGAAGGUUAUGCAUCUUCUUCUUUGUUCCAGGACAGGGAAAGAGAUUUUGGAAAGCACCCUACAUCUAUGACAUCUCCUAUUUCAGCGUCUGCUGUGGAUAAGCCGGAACAUCCACCCAUCAUGUAUGGAAUGCAGGCAUCAAUCUCCAAAGAUGUCAACAUAUUUGGAAGUGCUGAAAAAGCAAUAUCUCCACCACCCUCUUUCUCCAGUUCAUUUCAAGAGGGGGAGGAAAGGUGUCUCAGUCCUGAUGAAAGUACUGUCAAGUUAGCUUCACCAACACAGUCUGGGCCUACUAGUGCUGGCCACACACCUUUCCAUCAGUCUCCAGUGGAGGAAAAGACUGAAACUGAGAAGUCCCAAGGCCAACAGCAGAAAAAAGAUGAAAAGGAAACCCAACAAAUGGCUGUUAAAGUAGAUGAGAGAGAAGACAAGAAAGACAAUGCACAAAAACUAUCACAGAAAGAGGAGAAAAGACCCAUUUAUUUUGAGGAGACAGGAAAAGAAGAGGAAAAAGACUAUAAGAAUAAUAUUUCCAGAGAAAGAGUGAUGUUUGCAGGAACAGAUGAAGAAGACGAUUACUAUGAGCAGGGGGAUUUCAAAACACAUGGUAAGACUAAAUAUAUUGAGGAGAAGGAGAGCCGGUUCCUAGAUGAGGAGUACACAUGUGAGGUUAAAUCCUACACAGAUGAGAAGAUAGUGGGAAAAGAAAAAGAUCAAGGGAAAGGCUUUGGCUAUGACUACCUGCAAACAACACAAGCUGUAUCAGAUAACAAACUGGAUACUUCUUACUUAGGUCAAGGACCCAAAACUCGAGGUCUGUACUCCGAUGAAGAGGAAGAUGAGGAAGAUGAUGAAGAUGAUGCCAUUUGUAUGGGUGGUGCAGGGUCCAGGCCUUUGUCAUUAGAAUCGAGCAAAUUAGAUUACAUGUCUCAAGAUUUAACCUCUGAUUACUCAUCCCAAAGAGGACCCACUAACCAAACAAGAGAGACUAGUGAUGGAUAUGCAUCCACAGUGCCCAUGACUAAAUUCCCAACAGAUGAAUUACAAACUUCACCUUACCAUUAUGCUAAAGACCAGAUGAAAGAGUUGCACGGUACUUCUGAUUACUACUCAAGGGAUACAUCAGAUCUGGAAACAAAGGUUGAUGAGAAACCAGGAAAGGAGCUACCUUCUUCAUAUUUCCACUUGGAAAAAGAUGUGACACAUACAUCCUCUAUGGACAAAGAAGAUGGUGAUUUUAUGAACAAAGACAAAGAGAAAGACAAGUAUCAUCCAGAUGAAAAAACAAUCACAAAGGAUUUUGAAUUGGAUUCAAAGAAGGGAGUCAAGUUCACUGCAGGAUAUGAUGAAUCAACAGGAGUAGAUGCUACUACCAGUAAGACAGCAGUCGGUGAAAGGAAAACAGGAGAAGACAGCAAAGAUGGAGCAAUAUCAUUUAACAGAAUGGAUCGCCACACAGUUAAUUUUUCUGAACCUGAAAGAAGUGUCCAUUUCAAUAUUUCUUCCUUCCCUGAGAGAGGACACAAUGAGAAAGGUCAAAUGGAAGAACAUGAGAGGGAGGUGACAAGGAGACAAGAUACUCCUUAUGUGGAUGGUAAGAGUUUUACAUACACAGAGAUUUAUGACAAUAAAUCACCUCCUGCAAUGGAGUCAUAUUCAUUUGCCUCUGUUCAUCAGCAGGAUUACCCUUUUAACUUGGCAAAAGAGAGGACUAUAGAUAAGGAUUCUGUAAAAAAGGACACAUCAUUUCUCUCAGGCGACAAAGAAUUUUCCACAUCAUCAUGGGGUCAGUCAAAUCUGGAGGUCCAAACUACCACAGCCUCAGGCUUGGGUGGUAUUUGUCAGAAGCAGCCUAUGGAGGCAGAAAAAGAUAGGGAAAAAGAAUCUGCUGAACCGGCAUCAGGUCACUUUUCACUGGAAAGAAGUGGUAUUUUUUCUUCUCAACGACAGCCUGAUAAGGAUAGUCAGGAGAGUACAGCCUCCUACACUGAACCUUCAGGUCAACACUUAGAUGGCAACAUCCUUGCAUCUGAGCAUUCUUACAAAAGUACCUCUGUCGCCUGCAAAUCUACGACAAACCCCUUUGAGAAAGAAGCUGUUGUGGAAAGAGGACACACAAGGUUAGUAAUGGAAGAAGAGGAUGAAGAGGAUGAUGAUGAGGGUACAGGAGAUGAUGAGGAAGUGAAUGACUCAGAUUUGGAAAAAGGAGCAAAGGAGAAAUCUGAAAAAGAGUCUAAAAGUCCAUUUGGUGAUGUCAUCAGUUCUAAAUUCCCAGAAAUUAACCAGAAGGAAAGCUCUUCUGAACAUGGGUACAGCUUUGAUAUCAAGGGAAAGCCUUCUAUAUCAGCACCUUUUGAGCUGACUGGUGGCAGCAGUAGCCAGCACACCAAUGAUUUUCUUGAAAAGAGCAGAGUUGGUGCUUCCACCCCCUUCACUGCAAGCUAUACAGAUAUAGGACUAACCGGAUCUAAAGGAUAUCCCUCCGGAUUUGAGUAUUCCUAUGGUGAGGAUAGCAAAGGUUCUUUCCUUGAUAGCCAGGUAAGGGAGAGGGCACAGGACGAUGACAGUCCUGAUGAUUCUGACUUCCCCAUGCUAACUAAGUCAGGUGAAGAUAAAUACUACCAUGGUGAAAAAGAUGUCGAGUUUGAUAAACAGAAGACUCCAGAUAUUUUAAGUAAAAAAGCAGGGGAUGCCUUUUCCUCAGGUUUUAACUACACCACCACAUCUGCCACUGCAUAUUCAUCUUCCUCAUCUUACAGUUAUUCUUCCUCUGCGUCUGCGUCACUAUCAACAAGCCGUCAAUUUGGAGAAGAUUUAGAGACACCCGCCACCACCUCAGACACGCUCUUUAAACCUGAUCCUGAUAGUGCUGGCUUUGAAUAUUCAUCUUUCAAAGAUGAACACUCCCUUGUGAUGGACUCACCUUUUUCUAGCUCUGGGGGGUUAGUAAAGGAUGAGUAUCUUGAGGUCUCUGAAAAGCUGACCACUGCCACAACAACUGCUGAAUCAACCUCCAGCCUUACAAGAUUUUCUCCACUCAGUCCUUUUGAGGAGAUCAAACCCUUCCCUCCAUUUUCAACCACAGUAACAGAAAAGGGGGGACAGCAUUCUGAUCCCUUUUAUAAGCCUGAAUGGGCUGAUGAAUCAAGACUGGCUGCAGGUCCAGAAGUAUCUGCACCUUAUUCUCAGCUGUCUCAGUCUGCUCAGGGUCUGUUUGAGGUCUCUUCAUUGCAGCAAGCAGACUUGAAGGAAAAACAUUUAUUGGAAGAGACAGAGGACAGUGAGGAAGAGGAAGAGAGCACCUUACCAUCUAGAAUUGAUUGCCAAAGAUCUCCACCUCUUGACCAAUUGGAGCAAAAGGGAGCAACACCAUUCAUGGCUGGACAACAGGCGGUCACCACCUCCAGCACAGUCAGUCCUCUCCCAGAUGUCCUAUCAUCAUACCCCUCCCAAACUCAACAGGGUGAUCAAGGAGCAACUUCCAAUGGGCCAACAGAGGUCGGCACAAUCCAGCCACAGCCUUCAUGUGGAUUCACCGAAAGACCACAUACUGGAACAUCAUUUUUACAAAGAACAGAGCAGAAAGGUGUAGAAAACACUACAGAUGAGAAGAAUGAGAGGGAUGAAGAGAAGAAACUGAGCAGUAGCACAUAUGAAUGGGGACUGCAGCAGCAAAGAGGUAUGUGUCCAGGAGCUUCCCCUCCACAUUAUCGAGAUGAAGAUGAUUAUGAGGAGGAAGAGGAGAGGGAACCAGAGCGUCCAGCUCGUCCUCUCUCCCUGGGUUCUGCUGACCAGACCUUUCACUUGUCAUUCUACUCAGAAUCAAAUAAACCAGGAGAUGAUUCUGACUUCCCUCCUGAUGUCUGUAUGGGGGCUACUUCUUCAUACACAUCCUCAGGGUCUGCUGGUUAUUCCUCUAGUGAAUACAAGCAUCGUAAGGGAGAAAUUUCUCCAUCAUUCAUCAACCCAAGCCCACAUCACCUUUCCAGUGAUGAAGAGGAAGAGGAAGAUGAAGGGAGUGGCCAGUCGCAGGAAGGAGAUGACAACCAACAACCUUCUGUCAAGAGGAGAUCACAUACACACCAACGUCACCACACUCACAGUCAGCAUGGAGAGGACAGUAGUUCCCAGCACUUCCCUGGUGCUAUGGCUAUUGGGCUGGGACUGGCUGGAGAAGAAACGCCUCCAACUUCUGUGAGUGAAUCACUGCCUUCACAGUCGGACUCUGAUGUCCCGCCUGAAACAGAGGAAUGCCCAUCAAUCACAGCAGAGGGAAACCUGGACUCAGAUGAGGAUGCAGAUUAUUUGCCCGUGGAUAAAUCAGUCGCAGCUGGCGGAGGAGGCAACCAUCACUCAUCCUCCUCUAGGUCCACGGAACGGACUCAUGAUCCCCUGCCUACACCAAUGAUGGACCCUUUCCCUCGUCCUCCACACCCUGAUGUGUGCAUGGUUGACCCAGAUGUUCUUUCUAGUGACCAGAACCAUGCAGAUAAACUGCUCAAGAAGGACACGAAGGCUAACAAAGGCUUGCGGAAGUCCCUUGGAAAGCCAAAGUCAGCCUCUCCAUCCCGUAAAGCAGAAGGCAGGGGUAAGAAAACUACUGCCCCUGUUAAACAGGACUCCUCACCAAGGAGAUCAUCUCUAAAAAAGAAGGAGGGAGAGAAGGCAUCAAGGAUGUCAGAUGGGCAAGGAUCCAGAGAAGACAACCCUGGAAGAGUACUUGUCAAUGGUGUUAAGAGCAACCCUGGUUCCAACUCACAAAAAUCCAGUUCUGUUGUUCCCCCUGGACCGCCAAUCUAUGUAGACCUGGCCUACAUCCCAAAUCACUGCAGCUCUAAGAAUGUGGACCAGGAGUUUUUCAAGCGUGUGCGUGCUGCAUACUAUGUGGUGAGCGGAAAUGACCCAGGCAGUGGGGAGCCAAGCCGUGGAGUUCUGGAUGCACUUCUUGACGGAAAGGCUCAGUGGGGUUCCAAUCUCCAGGUGACCUUAAUACCUACCCAUGACACAGAAGUGACCCGAGAGUGGUACCAGCAGACCCAUGAGAAGCAGCAGGAGCUAAACAUCAUGGUGCUGGCCAGCAGCAGCACUGUCGUAAUGCAGGAUGAGUCUUUCCCUGCCUGCAAGAUCGAGUUCUGAACCCACAGGUUCAGGUUCCCUGACUCAGUUUUAGUGUCUCAACAUACAGUAUGUCCCCCUAUCUGUCUCUAGGGCUAUGUAGUGGUCUUAGUUUCAGCCUCAUAAAUACAUUCCCUCUCAUUUAACACCCACACGGCUCAAUUUAUUGCCAUUACUAUCCCAUUUUACUGGAGUCUUGAAUGUUUUUUUUCUGUGUUUGUCACUGAAUGAUCACUGAUUCUAGUCAUUACAAAACAGAUACAUAUAAACCAUACAUGAAAGUAAGACACAAUACAUAUAUUUCUCUGGAUUUCUUUGGCUAAAGGUUAACACUAUCUUUAAACAUGACACCUGUAUAAAUACAGUAUUGCUAUCAUGAAAUGCAGCAAUGAAAUAUAAGCAAUCUCUAUAGUAUUUCACUCUUAUUGUCCCCAAAUGCAAGUUGUGUGUAGGGUCCCGAAUGGGAAAAUAUAUUAUAAUUUAUUUUCUUUUAAUUCAAUAUUGGAUUUAAUCAAAGCACAAGUAAUCUUGCAGGAUGUAGCCAACACAACAUGGAAAGUUCAGCAAAUUUCUUGAAUUUGAAGAUAAAACUGUUCCUGUUAAGUAAUUUGCUCUUCAUUUUGUAAUUAUUUAUUGUAUUUAUUUGGCAGACCUGCCCAGAGUGUUUUACUGGAAUAUUAUAGCAAUAUUUAUUAAAUACAUUUUAAUUCUU